UGAACGCAUUGAUUGUCUAUGUGACACACGCUGGUGCCUGGUAACCUUCUGCUAUGACUUGAAUGCUGUAGACCCGCCGCUGUGCUAUUAUAGGGACUGUUUCUGGACAGAGUUAAGCUAAUGGUAGGCAUUUGGGAAUUUACUGUGCACCAAUGAUGCACUACUCAAACUGGCUUAUUGGCGUGAAAAACAGGGCAAGCCUUCGAAAUGCAUGCAAAACACCACCUAACACCGACUGGAACAAUAGGGGGAAUGUUGUGGACGUGCAGAACAACAACCCGGUGCCAAAUGAAAAGACAUCCGAGCAGAAUGUCGCACACCACCUUUGGAAAAAAGGCUACAAAAUCAUCAAAAAAAUUGGGGAGGGCACAUUUUCCGAGGUGGUGAAAACUCAGAGCCUGAAAGAUGGGAAGUUCUACGCAUGUAAAACCAUGAAGCAGACGAUAAACAGUCUGGAGCAGGCCAACAACCUGCGGGAGGUCCAGGCUAUGAAGAGACUGAGCCCACAUGCAAAUAUCAUCCAGCUCCAUGAACUGAUUUUUGACAAGGAAACUGGAACAGUGUCUUUGAUAUGUGAGCUGAUGGAGAUGAACAUCUAUGAAUUCAUACUAGGGAGAGAAACACCACUGCCUGACCAUACAGUAAAGAACUACAUGUACCAGCUCUGCAAGUCCCUUGAGCAUAUGCACAGCUGUGGAAUCUUUCACAGAGAUGUAAAGCCAGAAAACAUCCUCAUCAAACAAAACAGUCUCAAACUUGGAGAUUUUGGCUCAUGCCGGAGUGUGUACUCCAAGCCCCCGCACACGGAGUACAUCUCCACGCGCUGGUACAGAGCCCCCGAGUGCCUCCUCACUGACGGCUAUUACACCUUAAAGAUGGACAUGUGGAGCGCUGGCUGUGUCUUCUUUGAAAUCAUGAGUUUGAAUCCUCUCUUCCCUGGAACCAAUGAGCUGGACCAGGUCGCAAAAAUCCAUGAUGUGCUGGGGACUCCAGAUCAAAGCAUCCUCAAAAAAUUCAAGCAGUCUAGGGCGAUGCAGUUCAACUUCCCUCCUAAAAAAGGUACAGGUAUCUCACGGUUAAUUCCAAACUGCCCUGCUCCAGCACUGUCCCUUCUCUAUCAGAUACUCGCCUAUGACCCAGAUGAACGCAUCACUGCAGAAACAGCCCUGCGGCACACGUACUUUAGGGAAGUAAGGCUAGCAGAAAAAAAGUCCGAAUCUCUUCAGAGGCUUUCUGGGACUAUAGUUGGAGUACAGGGUAGUGGGACACACAACUCUUUAGACCACAUAUGGAGGCCAGCUAGAGUUGGAAAGCAGCUGAGAGGAAGACACACAAGGCAAACACCUUUAAUCAGCCACAACGUGAAGCACGGAGCAGAUCCAAUCAUCAGAAGGAACGUCCCCCUUUAUCCCACAGAGCUGCCCAAGCUCAACAUGGUUGUCCCAGGACCGCAGCUCUUCUUCCCUGUCUCCACGAUGCCUGCAUUCCCGGUCACUCAGCGGGGCACGCUGCCAGCCAUUAUGUCAAAAAAGUGCCAGUCAAGGUUGGCUAAGCCCCGGGAUGAGUCAGACCGUGACGCUUUCAAGGCCUACUACAUACCACCACUGGAUAGGAAACACGGAGGGUACUGAGAGUCAAUAAAAGGGUUUGGUUCAAAUUUGCCUUGGAAAUAAAACAGGAUAAACCAGAUAAACAGAGAGUUGGAAGGACAAUGUCUGGACAGGCCUGAUGUCGAAAUCUGUUUAGAAAAACAUGCUUGAGGGGAAAAAAAAAAAAAAAAAAAAAAAGACGACCGCCAAGCCUAUCAUGUAAAGCUGUUGAACCUUCACUGUAAUGAUCAGCGUACUAACAGUAAUAGUCAGUCAUAUGUUGGAGUGUGUUUUGUUAUGACCUCGGUCAGGUGUUUCCUGUUUACGUCUGCUUGGAAAUAUACUUCCAUCUGAGCCGAUUAAGCAAUAAGAUAUUUAGGUGACAGCUCUUACUAGAGAUGAAUAACAUGGUGGGAACUACUUGAUGAGGAACUAUCAGAUUCUUGGGAAACUGUCAAGAUUCUUGUGAUAGCAGUCGCACCUUAGACUUAUUCUGGUUGCAUUUUGUUAGGAUGUUGAAGAGUAAUACUCUGUAGUAGAAGAAAAUAGGACAUUUAAAUCACUAUGUAUAUCAAUGUCCUUUACACACCCAUUUCAGCCUAAUUAUUAUUAUAAAGCUGAUCUUAAGCAGGUGUAUUUUGAUAGACACCAUUUUUCUUUUCAGUAGCUGUGAAUGAACCCAAACAGGCCGAUCUGAAAGGUCUUCCAAAAGCAAAAAGAAAAAAAAGAUGCAAAUUAACAUUGGUGUCGACUAAUACUUGCCCUGUUGACAUUGACAAACUGGCAAAUAGCAUGGCAUGAGUUUAUGUCUGCGGCUGAUUCAGAGAGGAGGUUUUUUUGUCAGGCAGAUGAAGUCGUCUUGUGAGUCCUACACUGAAAGGAGUGAUGAAAAACAUGACUUCUUUUCCAAAACAUCAAAAUUGGCUAUGAUUGUCAACCAGUGCAGUUGUAGUUUCAUUGAAAUGCUACAAAAUAAUUCAUAUGGAAUUAAGAGGAAGUCUUUUUACAGGGACAUGGUACAACUCUGUCUCCCUGAAUGGCCCACUAAAAUACUGUUUAUUUAGAUUGACUAUUUAUGGGUAAACUUGUGCAUGUAAACCUCAGAAAACGGCAUAUUUGGACUUUGAUUAGGAUGUAGCUCGCCCAGUUGCCCUCUAGCCAUACCUGAAACUGUGGCUUUAAAAAGCAUCAGUUCUUUUAGAGCUUUGAGCUCUCUAAAAUAAACUGUGAUUCACUGAACUGAGCAGAUCGACUCUUUUCUAACAAAAUAUAAACAAAAGAAAAAAAUACUGGUGAUCAUUGUGUACAAUGUUGUCAUGAACCCUGCAUAAUAAUGCUCUUAAUGUUUCGAUGUCCUGACAUAAAAUGUUGACAAAUUCAUUAUUCAUUUUUUACAUGGUGGAAGUUGGAAAACAAAAACUAUAAUCCAUUUUAAACAUAAAGGUGCAUCUAAAAAUUAGAAUAUAAUAAAAGGGUUCAAUUAUUUUACUAUAGAAGUGAAACUUAUAUUUUAGAUCCAUCUCAUUCAAAGUGAAAUAUUUCAAGACAUUUUUGUUUCAAUCAUGAUGAUUACAGCAUACAGCUGACAAAAAUCAAAGUGUGUAAAAAUAUUAGAAUAUCACAAAAACAUCAGUCCAAAAAUGGAUUUAUAAUACAGGAAUGUUGACUUGGAAAAUCAUGCUCAUUCUGCACUCAGUAACCCAACGUAAACACUUUGAAGACUUUUUUCAAGAGCCUCUUGUGAUUAUUAAGACCCCAUUUCAUGUUCAAUUUCUAACCUGCGUCAUUAGCUGCACAGUUUUCUAUGUUUUGUGCUGAUUGAAGGAUAAAAAUGUAACAAUGUAGAAAAGAAAAUGCCAGUAGUGUUUCUUAUUGUGGUAUGAUAGGGCUUCUUAGGGCUUGUGAGGAAAAAGAUACCAUAAAGUAGCUGCAGGGCCUUUUUUUGGAAAUGAUCUAGAGUUGCCAUACCACAGUCCUGAAGAAUCUUUUUACAAAAUUUGUACUUCAGCUCCAACUAGAGACACAGAGCACUGACAACUCAGCACAGUCAGAUCUUGCAUGGCUCCAAAAGAAUCAUGCGUGAUUAAAACAGAAUUUAAAAAACAAACAUAAAAACUAACUUACAACCUUGUGGUCAAAAUAAAAAUUUCAAAAGCGACAAAAGUUAAGAUCUCAUAGUCUUGCAUUCAAGACCUUUAAAUACGUUUUAAAGGCCUUAAUUUUUACCAAAUAGGUUUAUUAAUUUCUAAUACUUUUAAAACCCCGCAGAGUCAGUUUGUGACUGUUAUGAAGCCAAGGUUGCUCCAGCCUCCACUCCUUGUUAAGCUCCCUCAAGUUCUUGAAUCUGCUUUUUGUGACAACCCUCUGAAGGCUGAGCUCAUCCCUCUUGCUUUCGUACCUUUUUUUUCACCACAUUUUUCUCAUUCAGUCACCAUUCCAUAAAGAUGUUUUGAUACAGCCUCUGAGAACAGCCUGCCCUUUCAGCAGUGACCUCUGUGGCUUACCUUCCUUGUGGAGGAUUACAGUGGUUGUCUUCUGGACAAGAGUGAGAGAAUGAAGGCUAAGGAAACCUUUGCAAAUGGGACAUUUGCCCAAUAUUCUAACAUUUUGAUGUAGGCUGUAAUCAUCAGGAUUAAAACAAAAAAGUCCUGGAAUUUUUCAUUUAGGAUGGGUCUCAAAUUUAUAAAUUUCUAAAGUAAAUCACAGGGAAAAAAUGAACUUUCACAUGAUGUUCUACUUUUUUGAGAUGCAUCUGUAUGAUAGCUUCAAGAACUAGUAAAAGGGUUGUGAAUCCUUUAGCAAUGACGGUCA